AUGAUCUCACACAAUGGAAAGUGGAUGAAGCCGCCUGUUCCGUGGAAAGCGAUGGCUAUGAGCCGAGUUCUGUGGAGCAACAUUUUAGCGGUGCUGUGCCACGAGGCGCCCAUGAGCGCGAUCAUGAUGUUUCUGCCCAUGUACAUGCGAGACGUGUUGCACUUCUGCAUGAAGACCAACGGAAUGCUGAGCGCACUGCCAAUUGCGUGUUUCCUGGUGUUCAAGAUUCUGGCCACCCACCUGAACCAGAUGUUGCAGGUGGUGUUCCAGAUCGACCGAACGACACUGGCCAAAGGCUUCAAUUUCGUCGCAUGCCUCGGCCUGGGCGGCUUUCUGUUGAGCGUGACCAAUCUGGAUUGCCAGAACCGUAUAACGGCUGUCAUUCUGAUAUGUCUGUCGAUCGGUUUCGCCGGAUUCCAUACGCCCGGCUGUCUCAGCACGCUGCUGUCCAUCGCGCCGACCUUCAGUGGCACCAUCGCCUCAAUAGCCUACUUCUUCGCCAGCGUUUCUGCCAUGAUUAUUCCCCUUGUGGUCAAGUCGGUUGUCAUCUACGGUACAAAGGCCGAAUGGCAGCUGGUGCUAAUCGCUACCGGCUGCAUCGCCCUGCUUCCCGUUGUGUUCUUCACGCUGUUCGGCUCAGCUGAGGAGCAGCCGUGGGCGCAACCUCAGCAAGCCAAGUUGUCGACGGUGUCCGUUGAAAAAUUUUGA